GGCAGCGCCGCCUCCUCCUCCCGCAGCCCUCGGCCGCUCCCCCGCCGCUGCAUGGAGCGGCUGCGCGGGCAGCGCCACACCGGCCGCCGGAACAUCUUCAGGCACCGAUUUGCAGAAGAUCCUGGAACACAGAGGAGCGGCUGAGAGCCUUCAGACCAUUUUUUUUGUCUUCUCUAACCUUAGAAAAUUGUCUUUCAUCUUCUGGAUGACCAAGCCUUUCACCCUAAAUUUUAAGCUUUACAUUUUCUUCCUGACAACAAAUUACACGCUCAAUUUAUUGUUAUUUUGAGGGGCUGGAGAGCUGAACUCACUAGCUGACCAGCAUGGCUAAGAUCAGAUUGGUUUUAACUGUUUGCCAGUUGGUGCUAGAAUUGUUAAUGAAUUCACUAACUGAGUCUUCCGUACAGAGUAAUGAAUGUCCACAGCUUUGUGUAUGUGAAAUCAGGCCAUGGUUUACACCACAGUCAACGUACAGGGAAGCCACAACAGUUGACUGCAACGACCUUCGUUUAACAAAAAUCCCCAGCAACCUUUCCAGUGACACUCAAGUCCUUCUGUUACAAAGCAACAAUAUCGCAAAGACCACAGAUGAACUCCAACAGUUGUUUAAUUUAACAGAAUUAGAUUUUUCACAAAAUAACUUCACAAGUAUCAAAGACGUGGGGCUCUCAAAUCUUACUCAACUAACGACAUUGCACCUGGAGGAAAACCAGAUAACGGAGAUGACUGACUACUGCUUGCAAGACCUUUGCAACCUUCAGGAGUUAUAUAUAAACCACAAUCAGAUCAGCAGCAUUUCUGCAAAUGCCUUCUCUGGCCUGAAGAAUCUGUUAAGACUACAUCUCAACUCCAACAAGUUAAAGGUUAUUGACAGCCGUUGGUUUGAUUCUACUCCUAACUUAGAGAUUCUGAUGAUCGGAGAAAAUCCAGUGAUUGGAAUACUAGAUAUGAACUUCAAACCACUCUCCAAUUUAAGGAGUCUGGUUUUGGCAGGUAUGUAUCUCACAGACAUCCCUGGCAAUGCCUUGGUAGGCUUGGAUAGUCUUGAAAGUCUUUCCUUCUAUGACAACAAAUUGGUAAAAGUCCCUCAGCUGGCACUGGAGAAGGUUCCCAAUCUAAAAUUUCUGGAUCUCAACAAAAACCCAAUUCAUAAAAUUCAAGAAGGUGAUUUUAAAAACAUGCUCAGAUUGAAAGAGCUUGGAAUCAAUAAUAUGGGAGAACUCGUUUCUGUUGAUAGGUACGCGCUGGACAACCUGCCCGAACUUACCAAGCUUGAAGCCACCAACAACCCCAAGCUGUCUUACAUACAUCGUUUGGCAUUUCGCAACGUUCCCGCCCUGGAGAGCCUGAUGCUGAACAACAAUGCCUUGAAUGCCGUCUACCAAAAAACAGUGGAAUCCCUCCCAAACCUGCGUGAGAUCAGUAUCCACAGUAACCCGCUCAGGUGUGACUGUGUCAUCCACUGGAUCAACUCAAACAAAACCAACAUCCGUUUCAUGGAACCUCUAUCCAUGUUUUGCGCGAUGCCUCCCGAGUACAGAGGGCAGCAGGUGAAGGAGGUGCUAAUACAGGAUUCAAACGAACAAUGUCUUCCAAUGAUCUCGCAUGAGACCUUUCCAAAUCACUUAAACUUGGACAUCGGCAUGACAGUGUUUUUAGAUUGUCGGGCCAUGGCAGAACCCGAGCCAGAAAUUUACUGGGUCACUCCUCUCGGAAAUAAAGUAACUGUUGAAAGCCUCUCCGACAAAUACAAGCUGAGCAGUGAAGGUACCUUGGAAAUCGCUAACAUUCAGAUCGAAGACUCGGGGAGGUACACUUGUGUUGCUCAAAACAUAGAAGGAGCUGACACGAGGGUCGCUACUAUCCGGGUGAACGGAACACUUCUGGAUGGUACCCAGGUUCUGAAAAUCUACGUCAAGCAAGCCGAAUCGCAUUCCAUUUUAGUUUCUUGGAAGGUUAACUCCAAUGUCAUGACUUCCAAUCUAAAAUGGUCAUCAGCUACUAUGAAGAUUGACAACCCUCACAUUACAUACACUGCUAGGGUCCCCGUUGAUGUACACGAAUAUAACCUCACGCAUUUACAACCAUCUACAGAUUAUGAAGUGUGUCUAACUGUGUCAAACAUCCAUCAACAAACACAGAGGUCCUGCGUUAAUGUUACAACAAAAAAUGCAGCUUUUGCGCUAGAUAUUUCAGAUCAAGAAACCAGCACUGCUCUCGCAGCAGUAAUGGGAUCAAUGUUUGCCGUUAUUAGUCUUGCCUCCAUUUCUGUUUACAUUGCAAAAAGAUUUAAGAGAAAAAACUACCACCAUUCCUUGAAAAAAUAUAUGCAAAAGACCUCUUCAAUCCCACUGAACGAGCUCUAUCCUCCACUUAUUAAUCUCUGGGAAGGUGACAGUGAAAAGGACAAGGAUGGUUCUGCAGAGACCAAGCCAACCCAAGUCGACACAUCCAGAAGCUAUUACAUGUGGUAACUCAGAGGAUAUUUUGCUUCUGGUAGUAAGGAGCACAAAGACUUUUUUGCUUUAUUCUGCAAAAAUGAGAAGUUGAAGACUUUUGUAUUCUUGACUUUGCUAGCUUGUGGCAGAGUGGUGAGGACAGGUGGAUAUUUCAGAAUUUUUUAGUAUAGCGUAUCGCAAUUGUUUGACACAAAUGGCAGCUUCACCUAGCUCCCAGAUUUUCUUUUUUUUUCCUUCCUUUUUUUAGUUAUUGUGCUAAACUUAAUGCUGUUCUAACUACAGUGCUGAAUAAAAUUAAUGAGAGGCUGGGGUUACCCUUGAUCCCAAAGUAGCACAACCCCAUUCCUCUGAAGCCAUCAGUAGAGUACAGUAUCUUGCAAAGCUAACAUACAGUUUUGAAACUGCAUUGAACUAGUUUUGUACCACUGGUCUGAGGACUCAAAACGAGAAAAGGAGACCCUGAAUGAUGUUAGUUGACUGUACUGUAAUGUUGUAUCAACUGAUUUGAAUGUUUUUGACUUUGAACAAUGAAUUAUAUUUUCAUUUUCUUUUUGUAGUUGUUGAAAAGGCUUAGGUAAAGCUAACAGGCAAUAGAAAACGUACAGCCAGUUUUUUAGUGUAACAGACUAAAUGUUAAUUGUUCUCUUAUUCUUUUUAUUAUAUUUAGUAGACACUUUUGAAGAAUACUAGAGUUUUGUUGUGCUUAAGCCACCAACACGUGGUGUUUAAUGAAGGCGGAGCUAUAAUAAAUUUAGUUUUGUUCUGAUUUUUUAUUUUAGAAGUCACAAUGAUGUAUUGGUUUUAGAUGUCACUAGUUUGACUGGUGAUCAUGUUUUGACAUAAAAUAUAUCCAAAAUGUUAUAUAAAAAUAUCGUGGUUUUCUCUUGAUGGAAUUACAUUUCAAAGUUGCAGGGAUGUUUUUUUUUAACACAUUUUUUUAAAGCAGUGUUUUCUCUGCACCAGAUGCAAAAUAUUGAAAAUAAUUUAGAAAUAUAUAUAUCGGUAUGGCUUUUAGACUGUAACAUGCAGAAUCAAAACUGUUUGGCAUAAGGCAUACAGCAAAAAAUUCAUUGUGAAAAGAAAAAAACUUUCCUUUUUGUAUGUUCUUCUGUUUGUAUUUUGAGCUAAGACACAAAUGAAGCUGACAUUUAGCUGUCAUUACGAUCAGUUAGAAAAAAAAAAAAACUCACUGCUACCAAGCUGAAAUAAAACAGUUGAAUUCUGGCAUACACAUUAAAAAAAGAUAAAAAAAUAAUAAUAAAAAAACCAUGAACUGGAUUAAUGUUCUUUCAAAAGCAGAGAUUAAGAUAGCUAAAACUAUCAAAACAGUAAAAGUUUGGGUCCAAUAUAGAACUGUAUUUGUUACAGGCUUAAAAUUAACCAGUACUCUCAGUAUUUUACUGAAUUAGUAUGUUAGAAGUGGAAAACCUCCAAAAGCAGUGGUGUUUGUGUGCAAGCAGUGGGUAUAACGUAAGUGCGUAACUUGCAGCUGAACCUCCAGAAGCUUUGUACCUUGUCCUUUCUGAAUCCACUCAAGUUCUCAGCAGGGACUGCACACGAGUCACAAGCAGGGUGGGUUUCUGGUGAGCAUAUGGUUAUGGUUACACUAGAUACUUAAUCAGCAAGCACAGCAUUUUCUACACUUUAUGACCACUAUCAGUAUGCAACCUUUUAAAUGUUUUUACAUACCAAAUAGGAUCGUGGGGAGUGAAAGCUAGUUGUUAAAAUAAUGGAUGUGCCUGGAUCUUGGGGUUGACUUUUUUUUUAACUCACUACCCUAUCGAAAAAAGAAAGAGACAAUUAUAGAGCUCCCCCAAAAAAUUCAAAUUAGACAGCUUCAAACUUCCUCCUCUACAGCCAACUGUCUAAAAUGAGACGAGUUACCUGCAUAGUUUACUAACACAGUGCUUUGGUGCAAAAACUCCAGUAUGCGUCUCAGAUACAUGCCUUGUUGAUCUUGCAUUUCAAUGUAAAGCUGAGUGAAGGUAUUAAUUAUGCAUUUAAACCAAGUACUUCUGCUAUACACGGUAUUUUAUAUGUUCAUGAGAUCUCAAAUUUUUAAUCACAUGACAGUUGUAUGUUGGGAUUAGGCAGGUGUCUUUUGGUCACGGAGAAGGAGCAUGCUGGAAACAUUUAUUGUCACCUUCUCCUGUACUUAUUUUUCAUGUUAAUGGAAACUCUCCUCUUGCCUUCUCCUCCAGAAAAGCUUAAGAGCAAUAAUUACCAUCUUGUCUAUAUGCUAUUCUAACCUUAAAACUGCCUCUAUUAUUAUAACGGCGAUGAUGAAUUAAAACUGAGAUCUCUUUUGCAGCGAAGGUUCGCUCUACUUUUUCCAGAGAAAAGACGCAGUGAGGACGAGGUUGACAGCAAAAUUACGGCUUCCAACGUGCGUGACAUCAUAAAGUUCUCCUUAGAAAGUAAUUACUGAACAGGUAUCAGAUGCUGCGGAGCAAGCCCCUUUCUCCACCACCUUCUUGCAGCACUUGUGCAGCUAUGCCAUAAGUACUCAGUAACAAGAUCGUGCAAACCCCUCGCCACUCCACCUGGGCCUCCCGUUGAGCCGGUGGAGAACAGUCCUACGCUGCCUCCCUCUCCCCACCCGCUCCCCAUCCUCCAUCACACACAGCUCUGAGAUCUGCUUACCUUCAGACGCGCUCAGACCAACCGGUCCCUGCCAGUGCAGACACCACGCCAAGCCCCGCUGUGCGUGGCUGGAUGGGUCGGUCUCACCCGGGUAUGUUCUGCAGUUUGGGCAGCUCCCGAGAGGUAACGGCUGGCAGGGACACGAGGCCGUGGAGCAGGAUGAAGGAGCACCUCACCAAUUUGAUCAGCAACCACCCAAAGCAGCUGGGGGUACGGGAAGUGGAGCAAUGUUUAAUAUGUUCCUUUCCACUGGGGAAAUUAUGUGCCCGUUGUUCCCCGCAGAGCUGCUGGGCAGAGUUACGGCAUUUGUUAUCAUUACAGCGAUGCUGUUAAAGAACAGCAAGAGAAACGGCUGUAUGACAGUCACACCCUUCUCCUGGAUGUGCUGAUCUGCAAUGUUUCAGGGUAGCUGAUGUCGCUGGGACUCUGGCAGAGAGCUGCAGGUUACCUGAGAACAGCUGAACAGCCAGAACCCCCUAGCUAAUGCUGCAUAUUCUGCACAUACAGCCACCAGUGAUGAGUGUUUUCAGCCUUGUAAUCUGUCCCCUUGGAGCUCUGUACAGUUCUCCUGGAAAUUUAAAAUUCCGCUAAUAAAAGAAAAAAUAAAAUAGUGGGUAAGAGAUUAAUGACAUGUGGCAUAUAAUCUUAGCAAAUAACCUUCAACCUUGUCCUAACAAUUUUGUGCUUGCAGUUCAUUGUAAGCAAAAAUAAAACUACUCUGUUUGCCUAAUUGCCUUCAAAAUGUAUUUGCAUCCACCAUUCACUGCAGACAAAAACACCCCCAGUUUGCUCCACAGCAGAGACUGAGCCUGGCUGCUUUAAAAACAGUAUGGGGAAAAAAAAAACAUUGUUAUCUUUCAUUUGGCUAACAGUUUAGAAAUGAGUAAGAGUAGAUAUUUCAUACCCAACUAAACUUUUGCAGCGUUACUUCCACUUGAUCGCCCAAUGAUGAAGUCUCUCUGUCCCCUGAAGAGUAAGUAGCUCAGUCAAGUGUGGUACUCCGUGCUCCAGCUACACGCAUUUUGCAUUUCCUGCCAUAGCAGGAGUUUCCUCAGACACAGCAUCCCUAAAUCAGUCCUCUGUUGGACUGAGGGGGUAUUUUCACCCAUGGACCCAGGCUCAUGCUGGAGAUGGUCUUGGCCUGCAGAGCAGAUGUACUGGUGCUUUUUGAAAGCUAUGCUCUGCUCUCCAACCCCACCUCCUCAACUCGUACUCUUACUACAAGGUUACAGAGAGAAAAGGCCAACAGUUUGGACCACUGGUUUCACGUCAGGUAGCUUUGAAUAAUCCUGGCUACACCCUGUAAUCCUCAGUUUCUUUGAUAAACACUAGAAAACGUGCCAGAACUAGAAGAAGGUCAGCGUAUCUGAGAUGUAGUGAGAAGUACAUAAACUUGCCCUGUGACAAACCGGGACAUAAGUGAUAAAAAGGGGCCUCUGAGUUCUGCCAAGGAAAACUAAUUGGGCAACUCCUCUCACUUUGUGCUGGCAACCUUGAAAACAAGACUGAGGACAAACCACCGUGCAAAGAAAUUCCCAAGAGUAAGUGCGAUAAGCAGCUGGGGGCUGCUUCUGCAACAUCUCCUCCACUGCAGAGAUGCCCAGUAUGGGAACGGGACAUUUUUGGGGCAGAUGUCCCUAAUCAUCUCGCCAUCCUGCAACUCGACGUGAUGGACCUGAAUCCUACCCAAGGGCUCCGACGGACACACAUUUCUGCCGCAGCGGGGAUUUGCCUUCCACGCUCACUCUGCCGGCAGCACAAGAGCUGCAGCCCCAGCGCCCACAGCCAUGGACAUCCCGAGAGCAAAGGGCAAGGCGGAUGUGCUGACACUGAACUUUUCUUCAGGAAAGCCCGAGUGCCUGAGCUGGAGACAUGAAAUGCUGUUACACAUAGCCCUUGGUAAAACACUGCCACUGUGUCCCUGUGAAAAAGAGCACCGCUACCAAAAACCCUAGAUAAGAUCUCUUUGCAGUGUCAGAUGGAAGUGAAUGCUUUGUGUUUCUUCUGGACUGCCGUCCUUUUAAUCUUUUCUUUUACUGCUGUUUCCAGCUAUUGGGAUUUUUAAUAUUGGAGAGCUUUCAUCCACCCACUCCCAGUCCAUUUGCUCUGCAUCCCGCCUCUCCACGGGCUCCUCCUGCCCCAAACCCUCCCAGCAUUCAAGAGCCAAUCUCCCACAGCCUUGGUAAUCCCAAGAUGUCACGAGAGUUCACUAAAGGACUUGGAAUUUGUAUUUAACUUUGCAGCUACUCAUUUUCCCUGCCAACCUUUCUCCCUUCACACACCUCUUACACUGUUUUUCUUUCAGCUGUUUCCCUUCGGAGACCACAAUUGCUGCUGACUGUCAGCAAGACUCAGAUCAAGGACGAGGUUCCAGCACGCAGCACCUCGGCAGUACCUUUCUGCCUCCCCUUUAACACACGGAACUUUCUCUUCCCCUUAGCAAAAAAAGCCCAAUGUCUUCCCGUGUCUCUCUGCUCCAAGGCUGUUCUCCCUACCUGUGAACAUCCUGGGGAGCCUCUGUUAUUUUUUCUACUGGUAUAGAGGUAACAAAAGACUAAUUUUUCUUUCUAGUAAGGUAAAGGAGAUUUACCAUAAAAUUUGUACCCUUGUAUAUUUGUGUCGUGUAGACCAAAGGAAUGCUGAAUCGUAACAGUAGGUUUUGAAACACAAGAAAGAAAUGCACUGGACAAGCUGGAAUUGAUCAUUAAGAAGAAUUCUCCAAAGCAACAAAAGGAGCUAUGAGCUUGCAUCUCCUUAACGUCAGCGAUGCCUUACGUGCACCGUCAGGUAAACCAGAUCCUUACGGAGUGCUUCAGGAAGCAUUCACUUGCCUGAAAUUUGGAACAGCUCUGAAACACUUUCUGUGCAAUUCUGUAACACGAACAUUUUUAUUAUUUUUUUUUCUCUACAAAAACCACUUGAAACCAUCAUUCUUCAUCUCAGUUCUGGGGAUGGGGAGGACGGGAUUUACAUCCCAUCCUCCUCAAUGGAGUUACUGAUUUUCAGUGAUCCAAACAAGACCUGUGUCUUCACAACCUGCGGUUCCAGAUUUCUGCUCACAACCACACAACUGGAGUCAAAGUUCUUACGAGAUUUUUUUUUUUUUAAUUGCUUUUCCACCGCAGCCUGUUCAGCUGGACGUGAGAAUUAAAGCAUCAGAAAAGAUGAAGGUGGGGAACAAUGGAGAACGAUCCGUGGAGUAUCAACCACAUCCCGUUCUGAACAGGAUCGCUUAAUGUGAAGAACCACAAGACCCUGCAGCAUGCUUAGGGACUACGCAGAACCUAAUGUGGCAGGCCAUUUACAAGCUCACUGCUCUAGAACAUGAACAAGUGCUCAUAACUGAUCUUUUAUUUUGUUGGUUUCAGGUAUGAAAGUAUCCUAUUAUACUUGAAAUUCCAUUUGAAGAGGUCUCUAUAACAGUAAUAAAAAAAAUCAGAUCCC